GUCUUUAAGGGCGGACGCGUGGCCUAGCAGCGGCGGCUGCGUCAUGGCGGAGGCGGCUAUGGACGCGGUGCGGAGGGAGUUACGAGAAUUCCCGGCCGCCGCAAGGGAGCUCUGUGUGCCUCUUGCUGUGCCCUACCUGGACGAGCCCCCCACUCCACUCCACUUCUACCGAGACUGGGUCUGCCCCAAUAGGCCCUGCAUCAUCCGUAACGCCCUGCAGCACUGGCCAGCUCUGCGGAAGUGGUCCCUCCCCUAUCUCAGAGCCACAGUGGGCUCCACAGAGGUGAGCGUGGCCGUGACCCCAGAUGGUUACGCGGAUGCUGUACGAGGGAACCGCUUUGUGAUGCCUGCUGAGCGCCGCCUGCCCCUGAGCUUCGUGCUGGAUGUGCUAGAGGGCCAGGCCCAGCACCCAGGAGUCCUCUACGUGCAGAAGCAGUGCUCCAACCUGCCCACUGAGCUGCCCCAGCUGCUGCCUGAUCUAGAGUCCCAUGUGCCCUGGGCCUCCGAGGCACUGGGAAAGAUGCCUGAUGCUGUGAACUUCUGGCUGGGGGAGGCGUCUGCAGUGACAUCUUUACACAAGGACCACUAUGAGAACCUCUACUGUGUGGUCUCAGGGGAGAAACGCUUCCUGCUACACCCACCCAGCGACCGGCCCUUCAUCCCCUAUGAGCUGUACACACCAGCAACCUACCAGCUAACUGAAGAGGGCUCCUUUGAGAUGGUGGAUGAAGAGGCCACGGAGAAGGUACCCUGGAUCCCACUGGACCCACUGGCUCCAGAUCUGGCCCGGUACCCCAGUUACAGUCAGGCCCGGGCCCUUUGCUGCACGGUGCAGGCCGGUGAGAUGCUCUACCUGCCAGCCCUGUGGUUCCACCAUGUCCAGCAGUCCCAUGGCUGCAUUGCUGUGAACUACUGGUAUGACAUGGAGUAUGACCUUAAGUACAGUUACUUCCAGCUGCUUGACUCCCUUACUAAGGCCUCGGGCCUCGACUGAUGGAGCCCUGGUGAACAUUGCCACGACACCUGGUGGGAAAGGUCAUGCCCUCUCCGGCCAGGUCACUUUCAGAGUGGCUGGCUGCCGACCCGGCUCGGCUUGGCUUGGGGUCAGCGUUGGAGAAUUUGGGGAGGUGAUCUGGAGGCCCAGGAGGUGCCAGACAGGUCUGGGUGUGGGCUCCCAGGAAGUUCCCACACAGGUGAGGCAGCAGCCUGUCCCGGAGGAGGCGUGGGGCUUCAGGUGCGGCGCCGCCUCUCACUGCCACCACGGCCUUGGGCACCUUAGCACCUUGGAGCGCUGGUGUCCUGCCUGGGAACUAGAGAAGCUGGUGUUUCCUACCCCACGGCGUGUUGUGAGCCCCGGAGAGAGAGCCUUAAGGACCAGAAGGGCUGGCAUGGAAGGAAAUG